AACACUUUUGUUAGUGUUUUUGGUCACUGUCCUUCCCCUUAAAGAAACAGAAACCCACUUGGGCAAUCAUGGUAAAGCUAAAACAACUCCAGCUAAAGUUGGGUGCUUUGGUUUCUCACCUUAUUAAAUUCCUUCUCUUUUCCCCUCCAUUCCUAUUCAAAUUUUAAACCCAAAUCGACUUCAAAAACAUCCUCUCCAACUCCAUUCUUUAAUUCCCCAUUGAAAAUCUUUUGAAAAUAGCACAGAAGCCAGUGGGAUGAAGUAAGAGAGUGAAGAAAAAACACAGAGAUUCAAAAAAAUGAGCACAGCUAGGUUUAUCAAGUGUGUCACUGUUGGGGAUGGAGCAGUUGGCAAGACAUGCAUGCUCAUUUCUUACACUAGCAACACUUUCCCCAGUGACUAUGUUCCUACAGUGUUUGACAACUUCAGUGCUAAUGUGGUUGUUGAUGGCAGCACAGUCAAUCUUGGAUUAUGGGAUACUGCAGGAGGAUUAUAACAGAUUGAGGCCUCUGAGUUACAGAGGUGCAGAUGUGUUCAUUUUAGCCUUCUCCCUCAUAAGUAAAGCUAGCUAUGAGAACAUCUCCAAGAAGUGGAUUCCUGAACUGAGGCAUUAUGCUCCAACUGUGCCAAUUGUGCUGGUGGGAACCAAGCUUGAUUUGAGAGAUGACAAGCAGUAUUUGAUUGAUCAUCCUGGUGCUACACCAAUCACAACUUCUCAGGGGGAGGAAUUAAAGAGGAUGAUUGGUGCUGCUGUUUACAUAGAAUGCAGUUCAAAAACUCAGCAGAAUGUGAAGAUGGUGUUUGAUGCAGCAAUCAAAGUUGUUUUGCAGCCACCUAAACCAAAGAAGAGAAGAAGGAAGCAAAGGCCAUGCUUGUUUCUGUAAAUCAAUUUUAGCUUCCCAUUAUCUCUGCUCUGCUCUUUCUUCUUCUCCUCAACUCUUAUGAAACUUCCCUUGCUUUCUUCUUAUAUAUGUAUUCCAAUUGCUUUCACAAAUGAGCUCUGUAAUCAAUUGCUGCAUAGGCAAGUUUCAGUAUUCAAACUCCACUUUAAGACUAUGAUGAUAUUUUAAAUGAAAAAUAUCAGUUUUUUCA